GUGACGUAUGACGCCGCGGUGACUAGCUGUCAGUGAAAGGACCUUUAAAUGGCCGCAAAGUACGGAGCUACGACUCGGUAAUAACCGGUAAUGACGCUUUCACAGAGGUAUACGGUUAAUGCAUGAACGCCGGAUUUGAUUCGUCCAAACCAACAUUUUAACCAUUUUAUUUGUUGUAAAAACACCUAAAAUGGGCGACGAGGACGAGUGCGUGCGGAAAGCUAGAAGCGGAUUUGAGGACUUGUGUCGAGCUUUAAAUAUGGACGAAGAGGCGAGAGACGAUGCCUGGAAGAGCUACGAGACCACGAGCAGGAACUUUACGUUAGAGGGCAGUGACCUCCACUGGUUGGCCUGCUCUCUGUACGUGGCCUGCAGGUCUUCAGUGCCGACCGUGGGUAAAGGAACUGCCGAGGGGAACUACGUGUCCCUGACCAGGAUCCUGCACUGCUCAGAGAUGAGCCUCAUGGUGUUCUUCAAUAAGAUGAAGAAAUGGCAGGACAUGGCCGACCUGCCUCAGGACUUCCGUCAGAGCACCGACAAGCUGGAGAGGAACUUCACUGUGUCGGCCGUCAUCUUCAAGAAGUACGUCCCUAUCUUCAAAACCAUCUUCAGGGCCCCGUCGGAGGAUCCACCCCGAGUUCACCGCAGCCGCAAACAGAGACGUCAUCCCUGCUCUGUGACCGAGGUCUUCAACUUCUGCUGGGUUCUGUUCGUCCACGCUAAAGGGAACUUCCCGAUGAUUAGCGAUGACCUGGUGAACUCCUAUCACCUGCUGCUGUGUGCCCUGGACCUGGUCUUCACCAACGCUCUGCUGUGCAACGCCAGGAAGGACCUGCUCAACCCCGACUUCAGAGGUCUACCAGAGGACUUCAGCACUAAAGACUUCAAGCCGUCCUCGGGGCCGUACUGCUUCAUAGAGCAGCUGUGUGAGCUGCACGACGGUCUGGUGCUGGAAGCCAAAGGGGUCAAAGAGCACUUCUGGAAGCCCUUCAUCAAGAAGCUCUUUCACAAGAGGAUCGUCAGAGGAAAAGAAGACGCUCUGACUGGCUUUCUGGAUCCGAUGAACUUCGGAGACAGUUUUCUGUCUCUCACUCGGGUCUAUGAGGAACACGUUCUGGCCACCGGGGGUCUGGAUGAGAGGAUCUUCACCGGGGAGGGGGCGAGUGAGGACAUCGGUACCCCAGGACCCAGCCUGUGUGGUGGUUUGGAGAACCACGACCAGGCCGCCUACAGUCUCCACACCGCCUCUGCCCUGAAGGUCUCCACCCCUCUGACCGGGAGGGGGUUCGUCCCGGAGAAUACGAGGCCGUCUCCUGUCUCGUCCGCCAUGAGGAGCGUCGGCCGUCUCCACACUCUGCUGUCAGGGGCCAGACGAGGGCCGAGCGCCAAGCUGGCCACGACUCUCAGGAGCUGUGCCAGAGACCCCAGUGAUGUCAUCAGCAAGCGCCUGAAGGACAUGUUUGAGCUUCUGUGUCGUCAUUACGAGGCCGGCGGGGCGGAGGGUCACUCGAUGGGGAGAGACACGGCGGUGAAGUACUUCCACCUGGCCCACGCACUCUACUACCGGAUGCUGGAGUCCAUCAUCGAGCGGGAGAAGACGAUCCUGGGAGACGCAGACCUGUCUUGUAUCCUGGAGCAAGACGUCUUCCAUCGCUCUUUACUGGUCUGCUGUCUGGAGAUCGUCUUCUUCUCUAACAGACCUCCAGGAGAUUUCACCAAACUGAUCUCCAUAUUCCAGCUCCCAGCGUAUCACUUCUACAAGGUGAUCGAGGUGCUGGUGCGGUCAGAGCAGGGUCUCUAUCGGGAGGUGGUGAAGCACCUGAACCAGGUGGAGGAGCAGGUCCUGGAGAGCCUGGCCUGGGCUGGCGACUCCCCGCUGUGGGAGAUCCUACAUGGGGCCAAAGACCAGGUCCCCGCCUGCAAGCAGGUGAUGCCUCCUCAGUAUCUGGAGCAGAGCGAUGAGAGCAGCGGUGUUCCCCAGACUCCCAUCAACCUGGGACCAGAAUCUUCAGCCGUGUCCCCCUCCCCCCCCACCUUGUUGGACCGGUACAGCUCCCCCCCCACCGGCCCGUUCCGCCGCCGUCUGUUCGUGGACCCGGCGGACGGAGAGCCUCGCGCCGCCACCGGCAUGACCAAGGCCGGCCUGGUCGCCACAAUUGCGGCCGGGCAGACGGUGGUCUCCAUGGCGACCGCCACGGUCACAGCCAACAACGGGCAGACGGUCACCAUCCCAGUGCAAGGGAUAGCCAACGAGACCGGGGGCAUCACCUUCUUCCCCGUCCACGUGAGCGUGACCGGAGGAGGCGGAGCUACGCUGCAGACCCUCAGCGGCGCCCUCGCCCUCCAAGCGUCCGGCGCCAAACCGGCCAAACCGGCGGCUGGAGGCUCGCUGAGGAAAGGCUCGGUGUCGCUGUUCUUCAGGAAGGUGUACCACCUGGCCAGCGUGCGUCUCAGAGACCUUUGUUCCAAACUGGACAUCUCUUCAGCUCUGAGGACGAAGAUCUGGACGUGUUUCGAACAUUCUGUGGUUCACUGCAGCAACCUGAUGAAGGACCGCCACCUGGACCAGCUGCUCAUGUGUGCUGUGUACGUCAUGGCCAAGGUGACCAAAGAAGACAAAUCCUUCCAGAACAUAAUGAAGUGUUACAGAACGCAGCAUCAGGCCAACAGCAACGUGUACAGGAGUGUGUUGAUCUCUGGGAGGAACAACAAACUCAACUCACCUGGAAUCCUGCAGGAUCCAGCCGGAGACAUGUCCAGCCACGUGGACCCCUCGCAGCCCAGAAGUGCUCCCUCCACUCCGAGCACCUCCUCGCCUCCCGCCUCCUCCCCCGUGGACGCCGGGGAGGAGGAGCGGGGAGACCUGAUCCACUUCUACAACCACGUCUACAUCAAACAGAUGAGGGCCUUUGCUCUGAGAUACUCAGCCGGCUCUCCAUCAGCCGCGCUGGAAACCCCCCCCCUGUGUCCGUACCCCUCCCUGAGGACCGGCUCCCCCCGGCGGAUGCUCCUCUCCAGCAAACACUCCAUCUACAUCUCUCCUCACAAGAUAAGCCCCGCCCCCAGCGCAUCGAGCCCACGGGACAAGAUCUCCUACUACAUCUCUAGCAGCCCCACCAACCGUCUGCAGGAGAUCAACAGUAUGAUCCGGACCGGAGAGACUCCGACCAGGAAGAGGAGUCGACCUCUGGAGGAGCAGACGUCCCCCAAGAGGGUCUGUCAGGAGAACCAGUCGGCCCUGCUGCGCCGCCUACAGGCAGUGGCCACUGACCGAGGCUCCUCCCACUGACCGAGGCUCCUCCCACUGACUGAGGCUCCUCCCACUGACCGAGGCUCCUCCCACUGACCGAGGCUCCUCCCACUGACUGAGGCUCCUCCCACUGACCGAGGCUCCUCCCACUGACUGAGGCUCCUCCCACUGACCGAGGCUCCUCCCACUGACUGAGGCUCCUCCCACUGACCGAGGCUCCUCCCACUGACCGAGGCUCCUCCCACUGACCGCACACACACACAGACACACUCCUAACCUUCUGGCAGGUCGGGCCUGAUGACAUCAUUCGCUCUCGUCUGUGAUUGGCUGGCACUCUGUCAGCUGUGAUUAUUCAACUUUUAAAUAAAAACAACAAAGGAAAAAAAAUCUAAUAAU